AUUUUCAAAGGCAAAACCCAAACAUUGAAAUUGUGUGCUGAACUAAGAAGCGAGAUUCUUCAUUUUUCUUGAGAAGUGAUUCUGGUACUGGAAUCGAUUCGGUUGGAGAAACCAUGUAUGAAGCGGUGACGAGUGGCGAGAAGGUGGUGGUGGUGGAGGAGGAGAAGCGGAGGGAGGAGGAAGAGGAAGGGAGUGGAGGUGGUGAAUUGAAGGGGUUGAUGAGGUGGGAGAAGUUUUUGCCGAAAAUGGUUCUGAGAGUGCUUUUGGUUGAAGCUGAUGAUUCUACAAGGCAGAUUAUAGCGGCGCUUCUCAGGAAAUGCAACUUUAAAGUGGCUGCUGUUCCUGAUGGCUUGAAGGCAUGGGAAAUACUCAAGGGAAGACCGAGGAAUUUCGAUCUAAUACUGACUGAAGUGGAUUUGCCAGCCAUAUCUGGUUAUGCUCUUCUGACAUUGAUUAUGGAGCAUGAGACUUGCAAAAACAUCCCUGUCAUAAUGAUGUCCUCACAAGAUUCAGUUAGCACGGUAUAUAAAUGCAUGUUGAGAGGUGCUGCUGACUAUCUUGUUAAGCCCCUUAGAAAGAAUGAGCUGAGGAAUUUGUGGCAGCAUGUUUGGAGAAGACAAUCUUCAACCGCCAGCGUAAAUGCUCCUCAAGAUGAGAGUGUUGCACAGCAAAAGGUUGAAGCCACUGCCGAAAACAAUGCUGCUAGUAAUCGUUCAGGCGGCGAUGCUGCUUGCAUUCAGAGAAAUAAGGAAUUAAUUGAGAAAGGAAGUGAUGCACAGAGUUCAUGUACGAAGCCUGAAUUGGAAGCUGAGAGUAGUCCUGUCAAUGACAUGCAAGAAUUUUCACCACUGAAAUGUGGUGAAGCACAUCCAAGUGGAGCAAGGACACAAGAUGUGGACACAUGCAUCCAGUUAGGCCAGACAUCCAUCACACAUGACACUCAUGUAGGAGGAUUAACUGCACCUAUCUGCAAAAAUGGCGAGACAAGCACGGCCAAUGUCAAGGAUGGUGAUCCAGAGCAUUUUUGGAGCACUAGCAACAGUGGUGAGGCUCAUGACAGACACUUUGUUCAAAUUAACUCUUCUAGGGAAGCUAUUGACUUGAUUGGAGCAUUCCAUACUCAUCCAAACUGCACUCUAAAAAAUUCCACAGUUAAUUCCACUGGGAUGUUUGACUUUUCUCCUCAAUUGGAUCUUUCCCUAAGAGGAUCUCAUGCCAGCAACUUUGACAAGGAACUCACAGAAGAAAGGCACACCCUCAUGCAUUCAAAUGCUUCAGCUUUCAAGCGGUAUACUAACAGGCAACUGGAAGCCUCACCUGCAGUGUUAAGUAACUUCUUCAAUCAACUAAGAGAACAGAGAACAAAUAAUGAGAAAAUUGUCUCCCACGUUGCUACCGGCUGCAACUCAGAUUGUUCAACACCUAGUAUGCAAAGAUGUAUGUUGUCUUCAGCUGCAGCCCAGUCAAAAGAAUCUGAGCUUGCAACUUCACACUCCAACCAAGGGCAUUCUCUCCCAAUUCCUGUAAAGGGCGUAAGGUUCAAUGAUCUACAUACAGCCUAUGGUUCUUCACUUCCUCCAGUCUUUCAAACGCAGUCAGGUCCAUCACCAAUGCCGAGUUCAGUUCUGCUCCUUGAGCCAAACUUCCAAGUAAAUGCAUUUUACCAGUCAAACGGGAAUGAAAACAGUUCAGAGCAGCUACGUGAACAUCGGGGUCCAUAUGGAAACAGCAACCAAGAGCACAUUGUGUACCCACAAGAACACAGGUCCGAACGCGCAGAGGAUCGAGGGUAUAUCUCCCCUGCAACUGAUCAAAGUGUAUCGAGCAAUUUCUGUAAUGGAAAUGCAAACCAUCUUAACAGCAAUGGUUAUGGAAACAAUUGUGUAAGUAGCAGCCGUGCUGAUCAAGUUGCCACUGUCAGAGCAGCUUCAGAUGGUAAGCAUGAAGACCUCACAAACAACGGAUAUACCCAUCGAUCUAUCCAAAGGGAAGCAGCUCUGAACAAGUUCCGCUUGAAACGGAAAGAGAGAUGCUAUGAGAAGAAGGUUCGAUAUGAGAGCAGAAAGAAAUUAGCAGAGCAACGUCCCAGAGUGAAAGGACAAUUUGUUCGUCAAGCGAAUCCUGAUCCUCUUGCUGCAGAACAAGAUGGCCAAGAAUAUGAUCAAUAGCAGAUUUAUGACUCAUUGCAUGUUUGGGAAUGUGUUCUGUAACCACAUUUAAAGCCAAAAUCAAUUAUGAGUGAAAGAAAAGUUGAUCAAAACAUGCUAUGACUGUAGAGUAGAGCAAGAUUUGUUAGUUAGUGUAGUUGCUUCAAAAUUUUGUUUUAGUGAAUCCUUAGACACCAGAACCACUUUAUCUGUAUAUGCUUUCUGAAACCAUUCUCCUCUUUUGCCUUGCUCGAGAUACUGUAUAUCAUAUACCUAGUAUCCUGAUAUGUAUCAUUGUAAUAUUAUAGAGAUAUUUAUGCCCCUGCCCCAUUAUUUGAUUAUUUUUCAGGAAUUGGUUAAUUACAAAGACUUCCUGAUUAAUCAUGUAAUAUAGGAGCUUGUUAUGCAACA